AUGACGCAUAUCAAGUACUUUGUUUUAGCCUCGAGGCAAGGAAAGAUCAGAUUGACAAAAUGGUACUACUCUUAUGCUGCAAGUGAGAAAGAAAAGAUCCUGAAAGACCUCACCCCGUUGGUUUUGUCAAGAAAGGCCAAGAUGUGUAAUAUAGUGGAAUAUUCCGACCAUAAAGUAGUAUACAGGAGGUAUGCCAGUCUAUAUUUCAUUUGUGGUAUAACACCGGAAUACGAUAAUGAAUUGCUCACCCUAGAACUUAUUCACAGGUACGUGGAAACAAUGGAUUCAUAUUUCGGUAACGUCUGUGAAUUAGAUAUCAUAUUUAACUUCAGUCGGGCCUAUGAAAUACUGAAUGAGAUGAUUAUGUGUGAUGGAUCAAUAGCUGAGUCUGGCAAAGCGGAAGUAUUACAACAAGUAAAGACGAUGGACACUAUGGAAAGUAAUGACAAUCUCGAUAGAGUUUUAAGUUAG